AUGGCAGUCCCCGGCGGCCGCAACGGCCUCGUCGAGGACGACGACGUCGCCGACCAGGCCGGCGCCUUCGUCGCCCCCUCCGACGACGAGGAGGCGCCGCUGCCUCCCCACCUCCAGGCCCUCUCCGACGCCGCCCAGAACGGCGACGUCAACGCCCUCCGCACCGCGCUCGAUAACUAUGGUGGCAGCAUUGAUGAUCCAGUUGAAGAUGGUGAUACUGUGCUUCACCUGGCAUGCUUAUAUGGGCAUCUACCUUGCGUGCAGCUACUGCUGGAACGUGGAGCAAACUUAGAGUGCAAAGAUGAAGAAGGGGCAAUUCCUCUCCAUGAUGCUUGUGCUGGAGGCUUCACUGAGAUAGUUCGGUACAUUCUCAGUUUUGCUGCAAAUGCUGAGGGUUGUGCAACGCGAAUGCUCAACACCGUUGAUGCUGAAGGCGAUACUCCACUCCACCAUGCUGCCAGAGGGGAACACAUGGACACCGUCAAGCUUUUGCUCGAAGCUGGCGCAUGCCCCAAGAAGGAGAAUACCUACGGGCAGGCAGCCGCCGAGAUGGCCGAUCAAGAUACCGAAGUCCGUGCCCUGUUAACCGCCAAGCAAGUCGAGGCCAGCAUACAUAUGACGAACUGA